AUGGUGCCGCAGAGCCAUGGUGAGAGGCAGAGCACUGCGGGCAGCUGGAGGCAGAGCAGGGUGCCGGAGCAGAAGCAGGAGAAGGCAGAGAAGAAGGAGGACAGCCAUGCUGGUGAGGCAGGGGAUGGCCUUGGACUGGUGGGCAGCGUGGCUCACAACCUGCAGAGUGCCUGUGCCUCUGGCAUCUCCAGCAUGAAGAAGGUCCCUGCUGUGGCCUGGGACGCGGCAGAGGGGUUGAUCCUGUUCACACCCCGCAGGCUGUCCAGAGCCAUGGAGACGGUGGAUGCUCUGGGAGGGACGCUCAUCAGUGCCCCUAAGCACCUGCUGGGCAGCCUGUACAGCUACGUGCCGCUCCGCAGGCAGUCCAAGGACGAGGCGGCGGCGCGGGGCAGCAAGCCGGGUCCUGAGGCCGAGCAGAAGGAGGAGGAGGAGAGCAAGCCAGUGGGCACCAGCGCCGAGGAGAAGGCCCAGCUGAGGGGUGACUGGCGGCUGUACCGCGGCCACCACCCGCUGUCCUUCCUGGGCCUGGAGGACCCUCUCUUCAUACGCAGCAAUCUGUACCGCAGCUCAGCCCUGGAGCCCGAGGCUGUGCCGCGGAAAUCGGCCUUCGCGCCCUACAGCCGGCGCGUGAGCGAGGGCUCCUACCGCUUCAGCCCCGAGGCCAUGUACAGCCGGGCCUACUAUGCCAACCUCUACAGCCCAGCCUUCAAGAAGGAGUGACUCUGAGGGGGAGAACCUCGGCCCCAAACUGCCCCCAGCACGCUUUGCCUUCACGUACCCACAUCCCACAUUGCCUGCUUACCCACAUCCCCAACAUGGCACAGAUAUGGUUGUCCAUCUUGGGUUGUCCAUCUGCCCAUCCGUGGUUGAGGGUCCCUGCUCUGCUCCAGGCUCGGUGACAGCUGUGCCAGGGCAUGUCCCCUCCUUGGGGCCAAGAGGAGAAUAAAGGCAGCCCAAGGGGCUGCUGUUGGAGGAGUAGAUAAGAGAAGAGGGGAUGAGUGAAGAAGAAAAAGGGACCAGCCAGCUCUGACACUGGGCCAGCUGCUGCCCGUUAAAGAAGCAGUGUCAGACAGGUGAGGUACAGAGCACUGAGAUGGACCGGAGGGCAACACAACCAUCAAACAUCGCAGAACAACAUAGAAUCAUCACAGAAUGGCUUGAGUUGGAAGUGACUUAAAGCCCAUCCAGUCCCACUCCCCUGCCAUGGGCCGGU